AUGGGUCUUACAUCUUUAAUGUUGAUAAAUCUGGCAGACAAUCCUAUCACGACCCUUGAGAGAAAAGCUUUUUCUAUUAACGACGGGAAACUGCAGACAAUCUAUCUGAUGAACACAGAGGUCGAAAAACUAAAUCUGAGAGCUUUUGACGGUCAUCAGGACGUCAAGACAUACAUACAAAUAUCUUGCAUUUCUUUUUUCUUAUUUUUAUUUUUUUUGGCUUUUCCAAGUUCACCUGAGCAUGCGACUGAUGGAAUUAGCACAAACCAAAAAGGUUUGUUCAUCGCUCUAACCGAAGCAGGGUUUGCAGACGGUAACAACACCUACAGAUCUCCUUGUCCCACAGGAACAUUUUCCCCUCAUCUUGAGAACUUCUUGUAUGGCACGGCACUUGAAGCUGAAUGUAUUCCGUGUCCCCCUGGUGGGUUCUAUUCGGACAGCGUUGCGCAUGUCGAUGACCGAUGCUUUUUGUGCAAUCCGGGAACUUAUGUUCCACCCGAGAAUGCACCAGGCAGGAGAGUACUGGAUUGUCAAGUGUGUCCUCCAGGUAAUUUGAGGGUACUAUCAUUGUCACUCAUAGAAGAAUUUCUUUUGACUUUGCGGAAACUGUGGAAAAUCUGGAGGAGCUGA